AUGGCAGCCCUGGUCGCCUCAGGCUCCACUUGGCGUGUGCACCCAUCUGUCCCACCCAACCGCCCAAUCGUUCCUUCUGGAAUGGCAAGUCCUUUGCGGCGCGAAUCCCAAGACGACCAAAACGCGGCCUCGGGCCACCACGCUUCCCGUCUACAGCCCACCCAGGCUCGUCCUGGGCAGGACGGAAAAAGGCCCAACGAGGGUUGCCCGGGCACAGAGAUCAUGGACGGGCAACGGGUGAAGACAUCACGCAAUUUACGAUGUUUCACGAGCUCAUGGCUGCAAUCUUCGGACAAGACAAAAGAAUGGCAGAUAUUUAGAACGGCGUCAUCUAGAGAGAAAUUGGGAUAUUGGCGGCUAUUUGAGACCUUGCUUGGAGCCAUGAAUACCACGUAUCACCGAACGAUGUUUACGACCCUUAUGUCACGCAACGAAAUAGAUGACGACUAUAUCCAGUGCGGUGACAGCCGCACUGGAUGGAGGAACUUGCAAGUCGACAUGCGACAUGUUUCCUGGAUGUGA